CAUUACCUCGAAGUAGCAGCUUUGCAGGACGAAGUCCCAUCUCAAUAUUGUGGCACAAUGUUACAUAUGAGCUGUUAAAGAAGAUGGUUUAUGCAUUUAUCAGUUUUUUCUUAUGGGUUUUAGGAGAUUUUAAGUUGACACAGCAGCAACUUCUGUCAAAUACUAUGAAAAACACCUUCAGUUCAGCAACAGUAAACAGUUUGUCUGGAGUUUUUACAGAUGAAAUAGAGACAAUAUCCGUGAUGGAGGGAGAUUCUGUCGCUCUAAACACUGGUGUUACUGAAAUACUGACAGAUGAUCUGAUACUGUGGACAUUUAAACUUUACAAUUCAGAGACUCGUUUAGCCGAAAUCUAUAAACAGAUCAGCUCUGUGUAUCAUAGUAAAGAAAACAAUGAGAUAUUCAGAGACAGACUGCAGCUCGAUGAGGAGACAGGAUCUCUGACCAUCACAAACAUCAACAAAUUACACUCUGGACUUUAUAAAGUGCAGAUCAUCAGUGGAGAUGUCAAACACAAGAGCUUCAGUGUUGCUGUCUAUGCUCUUCUGACUGUUCCUGUCAUCAGUGUUUUUACACAAAACCCUUCAGUAUCAGAAAGAUCAUCACAGCAGAAUUGUUCAUUGGUGUGUUCAGCUGUGAAUGUGGGUCAUGUGACUCUCUCCUGGUACAAAGGACACGGUUUAUUGUCCAGCAUCAGUGUGUCUGAUCUCAGCAUCAGUCUCUUCCUACCUCUGGAGAUCGAGUGUCUGGAUGAUUCCUACAGCUGUGUUGUGGCUUAUUCAUUCAACAACCAGACUAAACACCUCAGCAUCACUGAUCUCUGUCAGACAUGUCCAGGAGCCAGUCAACAUUUAUUUCUCACACCACUGAUAAUUGUUGCUGUAUUGCUGUUGUUGCUGCUAGUGGUCAUAGCCGGAGUUGUGUUUAAGUUUUGUCACUGUAAAAACUACAAGCGAACAAAACAAAAAGGCAAGUAUUAGCGCUUGAUGUUUUUCACCAAAAUAAUGCCAACAA